GCAUGCUACUCCUGAAGUGAUAGCGGCUGUUUAACGAGACUGUGACAGCUUUAUAUAUCUCAGGUAACCGACAGGGAUAAAUGGAUAUGAUGUUACUAGCGCUUGGACAAGACUUUUGAAAGAGCCCUCCGUAGGAUUUCACUAGGUUGGUGUUUCUUCACAGGGCUUAGUCGAGCGACGUAGAAGGGGUGCGUGCUGAGACGCUCGAGCCGCAUCUGUUUCUGGAAAGGCAGCUUGUCUUAAUGGAGAAAUAAUUCAAGCGGAAACGAACCUUGAGGGAGAGCCAAUGGAGUACCGGUAGCGCCGGGCGGUCGUAGGCCGAAUGGACUCCCAGCUUGCUGACGAGAAGCGACGCCACCGUUGGUCGUUGGGGCGGCGUGAUGCGGCACAAGUGGAAAGCUGUGAGCCUCUGAUCCCAUGGCAUGCACUGGCGGGAGUCAUGGCAGAGGGCCCAUGCCCAUGGCGGAUAUUGGGAGGGGACUGGGCCAUGGAUCAUGGAUGGCCAUGGAUGUCGGUGGUGGUGUUGAGGCGCCGUGGGCCAAUGGAAACUUGCUCACUCGGCUGGGUUGGCCGGAUGGAGACGUUGCGGUUCGGUUGCAAGGUGGAGAGGCGCAAAAGGACAGACGAGAAGAGGGAGGGGAGAGCUGAGGAAAGACGAGAGGAGAUGAGGGAGGAUGAGAAGAGAGAGAGUGUGCUUAUGUGCGUGUCGCCUCGUCGGGAUGAUGCGCUCGUCAGAUCGGCAGCGGUUUCAUUGUCCGUUAGCAACAGAGUUUCCGGCGGUUGAACGGGCGAGGACACGGCCGAACCGCCGGGGA